UUGAAUUGAAGUAUCAUUCAUUUCAAUCGAUCAUUUUCAUUUUUGUCCAUCUAUUAGUUGGAGGUUCAUAUCGGGACAUGUUGGCCUUCAUCUUGUGACACGCAGGAUAUACAAGCCAUCUCUACUCAAUUGUCCUUAGUCCUUCUAAACAGCACUGAUCCCGAACUAACCUUCGUUUGUCUAGCUCGGCCCCCAUGGGAUGCAGACGCUAUCGCUGUUCUGACGUUCUUCUGCGUAGUUGCUGCUUUGGUGUUAGUAGCAACUAUAUACGAUCUCUAUAUACGAAAACAUUGCAUCUCUUCAGAAUCCACACGAGGUCCUCCGAAGGCAAUGAUCACAACGACGGAGUUAAUGGUUUGGUCAAUGAGAAAUACAUUCCUUCAGAUGAAGACAACCCGUCAACGAAUGAUGAUGAGUGGAGAGGUGAGAUGCCGCCCAAAGAAGCGUACCCGGGUACCAUGGCAGGCAAGGCUUUCGAAAGUAUGAUGAUGACAUCAAUACAACAAUCGACUGAAACACAGAUAGAAGAGAAGCAGACAGACAAGAAACUCGGUAUAUUUGACGGUGUAUUGAUGUCGUUCUCUGCUGCUACUAAUCUUCGAUUUAUAUUGAGUGCCAAGCCAUCUCGAUCUAAUCUGGGUGUUCUUAAUGGACUGCGUGUUAUUAGUAUGUUCUGGAUUAUCUUGUUACACUGUAAUCUUUUCCUUUUUGGAUCAAAGAAGUUAGAUAAUUAUUACACCAUUCUUAACACGUCAAACAAGUUUCCUAGGAUGGUCAUUCAUUAUGCAACAUUCGGAGUAGAUACAUUCUUCGUUAUCGGAGGGCUGCUAGUUACAUACACCACACUGAUGAAGCUGGGUAAAUCCAAAGGAAAGAUGAAUUGGCUCAUGUUUUAUUUUCAUCGUUACUGGCGCCUUACCCCUGCACUGUUAGGAGCCAUGGCACUCUGGAUCUCCUUAGGAACACAUCUAGCCGGGCAGGGUAGUAUGAUAGAGAUAUUCUAUGGAUAUGUUGAACACUGGUGUAAGCAACAUUGGUGGACAUACCCGCUUUAUAUCAACAAUCUCUAUCCAUUCCCUGGUAACAAUAACGAAUCGUGCAUGGGAUGGGCCUGGUAUUUGGCAUGUGAUAUGCAGUUCUACUUCAUCAGUCCUAUCAUCAUCAUAAUCCUUUACAGAAAGAGGAAUGUCGGUAUCGGUCUCAUCUUGGGCUUGACAACAGCAUCGAUCGCCUCGGCCGUUGGAAUCAGUUGGUAUUACGGAAUCAACCCGGUCGGACCUAACUUUAAUCAUCGUCUUGGAGGAGAGAGUUUGGAUGUAACCUACACCAAGCCAUACACACGAAUCCAAUCAUACCUGGUUGGUAUGUUUGUAGGAUAUCUUCUCUACAGGACUGUAGAUCGAAAGAUCAAGAUUCCUUUGAUAUUGGUGAUGUUAGGCUGGUUGACUGCCUUUGUUCUCGGGAUAGCGUGUGUAUACUGUCUAUAUGGUGUACGGAAGGAUCCAGCUAAUGAUUUAGAGCAGUACCAAGCCGUUCUCUGGGAGGGUCUCUCAAGGUUCGCUUGGGCUAUCUCCAUCGCAUGGAUAUGCUUCACAUGUAUCAAGGGAUAUGGAGGCGUUAUCAACUCAUUUCUCAGCUGGAACUUCUGGAUUCCAAUGGGGCGUCUCACAUACUGUACCUAUCUCAUACAUCCACUGGUUAUCUAUAACGUACUGAUGAGCGGUAAAGCUCUCUUCCAUUUCGGCAUUAUCUCUUUCAGCUUCUACUUUGUUGGAAGUGUGGUGUUUUGUUACCUUGCUGCACUCAUACUAUCUCUGUUGAUGGAAGUUCCGGCUGCUGGUCUCGAGAAAGUCUUGUUUAGUCGGGCUUGAUGUCAAACUCUGAUAUGAUAUACCAGUUAUGGCUUCUAUCUUUAAUAGAACUUGAACAUCAAGGCAAGCAAUUGUCGAUGUCAUUCUUAUAAUAACGGAUUGAUCGAUUGAUUGGUUGAUAUUAUUUAGUCGUGACUUGUAAAGGGCACAUAUGAUUCGUGAUAUAAACAUAACAAAAAUAAUACAUUUAUGAAUUGACAUGGAUGAUUUACGAAUUCAAAGCUCAUUUCAAAUAUAAUCCAAAAUCUUGAUGUCCCAACAAUCGAAAUUAUUUUGUUCUAUUAAACAAUUAUGUAAAAGAAGUGAGUAAAAUUUAUAACACCCAUCUUUAAAUCUUGAUGAACUGUGCACCAACAUGCUAACAUAAGUAAGAAAAAUGAUGUUCUUAUGUAACAUUCGCCAAUCUAAAGAUAUUUUCUUUGAUGAUCAUAACUUAUUUCAUUUGUUUAUCUUUUAGGCCUAUCAAUAUAGUCUUAAAAAACUUAAGUGUUUUUAGCUUAUUUUCUAUAUAUUGUUGUGUUAUGGUUGUAAAUUUGUCACUGUUAUAUUACUUUUGUUUAUAUGUCAUGAUUAUGUUGCUUUUUAUCAACGCGGCCCUGAUGGAAACCAGUCUGCAAACUGUUUCGGGCUUUUACCGUGUAUAACAAAAAUAAACUCAACUAAACUCAACUCAACUCAACUCUCAGCAAGGUAUAGUUUUCCAUGAAAAUAGCAAUUCAGCUCGUAUUGUCCUUAUUACUAUUCUUUAGUCUGUACCUCAGUCUCUUCUCUUUCCUUGUCAUAUUUAACCUGUUGUACAUGUUUAUUUUGUGAUGUUAUCUAUACCCUUUUUUCUUUGAUCUUUCUCCUACAGCAGUGAUUAAAGAACCAAUAUUUCAUCGUUUAUGAAUAUUUUGUAUACCGGUAGUUUACAACAUGCAAACACUUCCUGUUGUGUCCCUUUAUCAAUGGAACGUUUUCGUUUGUAUAUAUCUUAAUACUGAAAUACUGAAUCAAUUGUCCAAUAUAUUUAAUAUAGUAUGUGUACAUUAUGACCGAUGAAUGGUGUGGCAACAUUAUGAUAAUAUUAGUAAAUUGUUAAAUUCUAAUGUUUUAAAUGUAAAAAUAAAUGAUUGAUGUGAUAACAAAUAAGUGUCAAAUGGGUUGUAAUUUUAAGCUCAAUAAAAAGAAUCCAUAAUUCUUUUCCCUAUCCAUUUUUUUAAAUCCCACCUCCAAACUUGCAAUAAUUAUUCUAUCAUAUUUUAAACCUGUAAGUUUAUUUACAAAACUUUUAGAUCACUUGAAAACUUGUUUUGACUCUCUACAGUGCAUGGUUAAUUUCAAUAAAAUUUCCUUUGAAGCUCUGUAGAUGAAAGUAUAU